AUGUCGAAUUGGACAAGUCUGUGGUAUGUCUGGUUAAUCUUGCUGACUGUGUUACUGCUCCUGCUCUGCGGGAUCACAGCAGGCUGCAUCAAAUUCUGCUGCCGGAAGAAGAGGCUUCCAGUUGCGACCUUCCUUCGGCACCCUUAUGACUUGAGAGCUGUUGCCAUUGACAGUGACGGCACUGCCCAUAGCACAGUGACCUCAUAUAGCUCGUUGCAGUACCCUCUAAGUGCCCCUAUUCCUUCGAUAUUUGUGGAUAUGGAUAAGAACACUGUGUCCCCUUCAGCUUAUAGUCUCUAUGCAAUGGAUUUGCCACCUUCUUAUGAGGAAGCUGUCCAGAUGGGUAAACAAUACAUUGAAGUGGCACAGAUAAGCCAGAAACUCAAUGACAUCCCCGGACAGGUGACAUCAGGUGGGCUGAAUCCCAUCCAGUAUUCACCUGGUAAAAUCAACAGAGAUCCAGCAGCACAGGCAAAUUCAGAAAAUUCAGAGGAUGCAACACAAGAACAGCCGCAGCUCUGA